UUCCUUCCAAACCGACCGUAUGGGCCUUAAUCGCAGAGGAAGUCCAAACCUAAAAAGCGUCUUCCGAAAAUGAACAUAUGGCAUGCGCAGAAAAACAGAUCUAGGGGUUUUUCAAUUCUGUAAAAUUAUUUUUUAUUAUAUCAGAGGUUUUGUGUUCUAUUUCCACAGCAAGGGAAAGGAAAAGGAAAAGAUGGCGUUCAGAGGGAAGGAGAUGAUGAAGAAGCUGAUGAAGAAGGUGGGAGAGAGCAACAUGGCGCCUGGAGUGAAGGAGCAGCUCAAAAAAUGCAUUCCAGACAGCAAGGUCGUCAUGGGCCGCGCCAAACGCGGCCUUUACGCUGGCCGACACAUCCAGUUCGGCAACCGCAUCAGCGAAGACGGUGGAAACAAGUCGAGGAGGACUUGGAAGCCUAAUGUCCAGCAGAAGCGGCUCUUUAGUUAUAUCUUAGAUCGCCACAUUCAAGUUAAAGUCACCACUCAUGCCCUUCGUUGCAUUGACAAGGCAGGUGGAAUUGAUGAAUACCUGCUGAAAACUCCCUACCACAAGAUGGAUACAGAAAUGGGCUUGUUCUGGAAAGCUAAAAUUGAGAAGAUGUAUGAAGAGCUUGGGCAAAUGGAGGUAGCAUUCUUUUCACCUGAGGAUGAAGCAAAGUUUGAACAAGGUUUCAAAGACCUGAAGCUAGCAGAGAGAGCAGCUCGAAGGGAUGCCAGAAGACAGAUGUAUGGCUGGUCAGGGAAACAGAAACGAAUUGAGGAUGGAAGAACCAGCCAAGUAACUGGUGCUAGUAUCGAGGAAGAUACUUCACAUGUUGACUUACAUGAACAGCUGGCUGCAAAUUCCUGAGUUUAGAACUGCUUGCCAUCUUGGCUGCUGUCCACAUUUUCGUGAGUUUUAAGGUUUCCUUUUUUGUUGAAUAAUUUUGUAUCUCUGCGUUAACUGAUACUUUUGGAAUUAGUCUGACAAGGAUUAUGCGUGAUAGGCAUAAGCAUAUCUUCAACUUCGCAGAUAAAUUAACAUUGUAUUUCUUUGGUAAUGUAUAAUUAAGUUUGGCUUUAUAUAGUUCAGCGAAAUAUCUGUUGAACUGACCCCUAUAUCCUCUUGAGCGUGUUUUGAAGGAACCAUUGGACUGAUGGAGCAUGUGAAUACCUGGCCAUUCGAUUCUGCUUCAGCGAAUCGAAUUUGCAAUGUCUCAGGUCUCCGUUCUCACCGAGCGAAAAGCCAAAACUUGGUCACAAGCCUUGGGCAAUGAGCUAAUUAACACUUUUAAACAAAAGGGACAGUCUUGCAAUUACGAGCACCAACACUCCAAUUAGGUCAUGAGACCAUUUUAAUGGGAUAUGAGAAUGAAAAUAAUGAUAAAAGUA